UUAUGAUUGAACUCCUGGGUCAGCCGCCAGACGAGCUUCUGAACUACGCAGUGUAUAAACAUAAAUUUUUUAUUGAGACAAAGUCCAACAGCUGGAGGUUCCAGACGAUUGAGGAGUACGGGGUAGAGCUCCUUCCACAAGCCCCCAACAAACUAGGCUUUUCAUCUCUGGAUGAUCUCAAAAUGAUUAAAAGAGUGAUCCCAGCCAAGGCUGCAGAAUACAAGCAGUGCAUCAAGCUAAUGAAGGCCAUGCUGACGAUGGAUCAGAACAAGAGGAUCACACCCAAUGAAGUCCUCCAGCACCCCUUCAUCACCCAUCUUAACAAUGAGGACACUGAGGACAACAAGGACACUCAGGACAACAAGGACACUGAGGACACUCAGGACACUCAGGACAACGAGGACAAUGAAGACACUCAGGACAACAAGGACACUGAGGACAAUGAGGACACUCGGGACAACAAGGACACUGAGGACACUCAGGACAACAUGGACACUCAGGACAUUGAGGACACUCAGGACAACAUGGACACUCAGGACAUUGAGGACACUCAGGACAACAUGGACACUCAGGACAUUGAGGACACUCAGGACAACAUGAUAAUAAAAGCAGGUGUCCAUCAUGGGUUGGCAAAACCAUCAGCUAAAAAUCCCCAAAACAAAUUCUACCAGUUCCCUGACAAAUAUGAGUUCCUGAAAGUCGUGGGCCAGGGUGGCUUCGGGAAAGUGUUGCGGUGUUUGGAAAGAGACACGGACAGUCUUGUGGCUAUAAAGAUCCCCUCAUUUGAAAACAGCUGCAGACAGGAGGUGGCCAUGCUUAGAAGGUUGAUGAGGCUAAAACUUGACAAGCACAACAUCGUCAAGUUCCAUGGAUGUUUUAGUGUAAGGCAUGGCGAGGCGCUCGUCUUUGAGAGUCUCGAAACGAACUUAUAUGACUAUUUAUAUUACAAUCAUGUGACGUUGGCUGACUCAAGGACUAUAAUCAAACAGAUAGCCACAGCGCUUAAAGCACUGAAGAACAUCGGGGUGAUCCACACUGACAUCAAACUACAAAACAUAAUGCUAGUGGACAAGAAACCACCCUUAAGAGCUAAACUUAUCGACUUUGGCUUGGCCAUGGAUAAUUCUACAGCCAGGCAGGGCAUGGAGCUGCAACCAGUUGGCUUCAGGGCUCCCGAGAUCAUCCUCGGCAUGCCAUUUUCUGAGGCCAUCGACAUGUGGUCAGUGGCUGCGUGUUAUUCGGCAUGCUCAUCGGUAGAGACCUGUUUGAUUGUGAAGACUAUUACACACUGCAGUUUAUGAUUGAACUCCUGGGUCAGCCGCCAGACGAGCUUCUGGACAACGCAAUGUAUAAACAUACAUUUUUUAUUGAGACAAAGUCCAACAGCUGGAGGUUCCAGGUACCACAAGUUGUUUCUUUUUUUUCUUUAGACUCAUGUGAUACUUUAAGGUUUGCAUAACAAUUAUGUUUAUAGACUGCUGUUGAUUAGUUAGAUUCAGGAAGAGAAACAUUCAUAUAAACACACUGAACCUUCUUUCAGACGAUUGAGGAGUACGGGGUAGAGCUCCUUCCACAAGCCCCCGACAAACUAAGCUUUUCAUCUCUGGAUGAUCUCAAAACGAUUAAAAGAGUGAUCCCAG